AGAAAGAGAGAGAGAGGCCUCCUACAGUGUCAGUGUUCCAGGUUUUGUGUCUCUAUCUUUCUCUCGAGGCUGGUCUUGCUGUCAGAUGCUUCCAGGAUGCCGGUCGGAUCCGUCAGACUCCACAGCAUCAAAAAGCUGGGACAGGAUAACAAUGCCUACGAUGUUACAGACGAACCGACUUCCUACAUGACCAUGACUACGUCUCCGAAGGAUGACCAAGCUAAGAACAAGGCCGAACAACCGGCCAUUCGAAUCGGUUUCUUUCAGCUGUUCCGCUUCGCCAGUAAGCGCGAUGUCUUGAUGAUGGUGGUGGGGACGCUGUGCGCCGUUCUCCACGGCUCGGCCCAGCCGCUCAUGCUGCUGGUGUUUGGCAUGCUCACCGACACGUUCAUCGACUACGACAUCGAGCUCAACGAGCUGAUGGACGACCGCAAGGAGUGCUUCAACAACACCAUCCGGUGGAGGCAGAACCUCACCGCCACGACGCAGGACUGGACCAAUGGGUCGUCGGCGUGGGAGCUCUUGAAACCGCUACAGAAUCGCACGUGCGGGAUUUUGGACAUUGAGUACGAGAUGACGAAUUUUGCCUACUACUACGUGGGCAUCGGAAUAGCUGUGUGUAUGCUCGGCUACUUUCAGAUCUCACUGUGGGUGACCUCGGCCGCCCGGCAGGUCCAGAUCAUCCGGAAGCUGUACUUCGGCAGGGUGAUGAGGAUGGAGAUUGGAUGGUUCGACUGCAACUCCGUCGGCGAGCUCAACACGCGCAUGUCUGAUGACAUCAACAAGAUCAACGACGCCAUCGCGGACCAGGUGAGCAUCUUCAUCCAGCGCUUCACCACCUUCGUCUGUGGCUUCUGCAUGGGCUUCAUCGGAGGCUGGAAGCUCACCCUGGUCAUCCUUGCGGCAAGCCCCCUCAUCGGAUUGGGAGCUGGCCUCAUGGCGCUGUCUGUGGCGCGGCUGACGGGGAUGGAGCUCCAGGCCUACGCUAAGGCGGGGGCGGUGGCCGACGAGGUGCUGUCGGCCAUCCGCACUGUGGCGGCCUUUGGUGGGGAGCUGAAGGAGGUGGAGAGGUAUGACCGUAACCUGAUCCUGGCCCAGCGCUGGGGCAUCCGCAAGGGGCUGAUCAUGGGCUUUUUCACAGGCUACAUGUGGUUUAUCAUCUUUCUCUGCUACGCCCUGGCCUUCUGGUACGGCUCAGGCCUGGUGCUGGACUUGGAGUACACGCCCGGGACGCUGCUUCAGGUGUUUUUCGGGGUUUUGAUAGGUGCCAUGAAUCUGGGUCAGGCCUCUCCGUGCCUGGAGGCCUUCGCUUCGGGCCGAGGUGCUGCCACCAUCAUCUUUGAGACCAUUGACAGGGUGCCUGAGAUCGACUGUAUGUCGGAGUCUGGCUACAAGCUGGACAGGGUCAAGGGUGACAUCGAGUUCCACAACGUGACCUUCCACUACCCCGCCAGACCGGAGGUCAAGAUCCUGGACCAGCUCAGCGUUGCGGUGAAGACCGGGGAGACCACGGCGUUUGUAGGGCCCAGCGGGGCGGGAAAGAGCACCGCCGUUCAGCUGAUCCAACGCUUCUACGACCCAAAGGAAGGCAUGGUGACGCUGGACGGCCAUGACAUCAGAGGGCUGAACAUCCAAUGGCUGCGCUCGCUGAUCGGCAUCGUGGAGCAGGAGCCCGUGCUGUUCGCCACCACCAUCGCCGAGAACAUCCGCUACGGCCGCCCCGGGGUCUCCAUGGACGACAUCAUCGCCGCCGCCAAGGAGGCCAACGCCUACUCCUUCAUCAUGGACCUGCCACGGAGGUUCGAGACGCUGGUGGGCGAGGGCGGCGGUCAGAUGAGCGGCGGGCAGAAGCAGCGCAUCGCUAUCGCCCGGGCGCUGGUGAGGAACCCGCGCCUGCUGCUGCUGGACAUGGCCACCUCCGCCUUGGACAACGAGAGCGAGGCCACGGUCCAGAGGGCCCUGGACAAGGUCCGACAAGGCCGCACCACCAUCUCCAUCGCCCACCGCCUGUCGACCAUCCGGAACGCCGACGUGAUCGUGGGCUUCGAGCACGGCCGGGCGGUGGAGCGGGGCAAGCACGAGGUGCUGAUGGAGCGCAAGGGGGUCUACUUCACCCUGGUGACCCUGCAGAGCCAGGGGGACAAGGCCCUCAACGAGAAGGCCCGGCAGAUGGCUGAGACUGAAGAAGAUUCGGUUAGCAUGCGUUUGUCCAGAGCCGGUAGCUACCGGGCCAGUCUCAGGGCUUCCAUCCGCCAGCGGUCGCGGUCCCAGAUGUCCCACCUGAUCCCAGAGUCCUUAGUGCCCAUGGCUGGGGAGCUGGGGCCACGGGCAUACUCUGUCUCACAGGCUGAUAAGACCCAGGUGGAGGAGGAGGAGGAGGAGCCGGUGGAGCCGGCCCCGGUGGCCCGGAUCCUGAAGUACAACAGCCCGGAGUGGCCCUACAUGCUGUUCGGUUCUUUCGGCGCUGCGGUCAACGGCGGCGUCAACCCCGUCUACUCUCUCCUCUUCAGCCAGAUCCUUGCGACCUUUUCCAUUCAAGACCCGGAUAAACAGGAGAGGGAGAUCAACGGCAUCUGUAUGUUUUUCGUGGUGGUGGGCCUACUCAGCUUCUUCACCCAGAUCAUCCAGGGCUAUGCCUUCUCCAAGUCCGGCGAGCUACUGACCAGGCGCCUACGGCGGCUGGGUUUCCGCGCCAUGCUGGGCCAGGAGAUCGGCUGGUUCGACGACCACCGCAACAGCCCCGGCGCCCUGACCACCCGCCUGGCCACGGACGCCUCGCAGGUCCAGGGGGCCACAGGCUCCCAGAUCGGCAUGAUCGUCAACUCACUGACCAACAUCGGCGUGUCCCUCAUCAUCUCCUUCUACUUCAGCUGGAAGCUCACCAUGGUCAUCCUCUGCUUCCUGCCCUUCAUCGCCCUCUCCGGAGGCUUCCAGGCCAAGAUGCUCACCGGCUUCGCCAAGCAGGACAAGGUGGCCAUGGAGGCGGCCGGCCGGAUCUCGGGGGAAGCCCUGAACAACAUCAGGACCAUCGCUGGCCUGGGGAAAGAGAGCACUUUCGUGGAGAUGUACAACGCUCAGCUGGAGGGCCCGUACCACGCCGCCAUACAGAAGGCGCACGUGUACGGCGCCUGCUACGGUUUUUCCCAGUGUGUCGUAUUCCUGGCCAACUCGGCCUCCUAUAGAUUCGGAGGCUACCUGGUGAAGCAUGAAGGACUACACUUCAGCAUGGUCUUCAGGGUCAUCUCAGCCAUCGUGACCAGCGGAACAGCACUUGGCCGCGCCUCGUCGUACACCCCCGAGUACGCCAAGGCCAAGAUCUCGGCCGCACGCUUCUUUCAGCUGCUCGACAAAGUGCCCAAGAUCAGUGUGUACAGCGAUAAGGGCGAGAAAUGGGACAACUUCCGCGGCGACGUGGAGUUCAUCGACUGUAAGUUCACCUACCCUACCAGGCCCGACAUGCAGGUGCUGAAUGGGCUCAACGUGACGGUGAAGCCCGGCCAGACGCUGGCCUUCGUGGGCAGCAGUGGCUGUGGCAAGAGCACCAGCGUCCAGCUGCUGGAGCGCUUCUAUGACCCCGACCAGGGCCGAGUGCUGAUCGACGGACAUGAGUCCACCCGGGUGAGCGUGCCCUUCCUGCGCUCCAAGAUUGGCAUCGUCUCCCAGGAGCCCAUCCUGUUCGACUGCAGCAUCGCCGACAACAUCCGCUACGGUGACAACGCACGGGAGAUCAGCAUGAACGACGUCAUGGCCGCCGCAAAGAAGGCCCAGCUCCACAGCUUUGUCAUGGCACUCCCUGAGAAAUACGAGACUCACGUCGGUUCUCAGGGCUCACAGCUCUCCCGAGGCCAGAAGCAGCGCAUCGCCAUCGCCAGGGCGAUCAUACGUGACCCCAAGAUUUUACUGCUGGACGAGGCAACGUCCGCCCUGGACACAGAGAGCGAGAAGACGGUGCAGGAGGCCUUGGACAAGGCCAGGGAGGGCCGCACCUGCAUCGUGAUCGCCCACCGCCUCUCCACCAUCCAGAACUCGGACAUCAUCGCCGUGAUGGCACGUGGCUUCGUCAUCGAGAAGGGCCCCCACGACCAGCUCAUGGCACUCAAGGGAGCCUAUUACAAACUUGUGACCACGGGCGCUCCCAUCAGCUAGACGCCGAAAGGCCCCAAAUGACCAGUGGGCAGUUGGAUGUCAGAGUGGGAGAAAAGAGGCGAUGUUUGGCCACUACAGUGUUUUUACGUCAGGUGUUCCAACUUUAGGGUGUGGUGGUUUGCGGCAGGUGGCUACCUCAUUGAGCGAGGCAUCUAAAAGGUGCAGGCGAGGACAGUGUAAGACUGUACUGUCCGGAUUCUACCUGAAUAUGUCUUUGAGCUCCAUGCAUUUUCCAAACCCGGGCCCGGUUUCUAAAAUCGCUGUUGGUUGUUUUUGAUAAAACAGUGAUUUAAUGUUUUUUCAAAUUGUAAUAAACUGUGAAAAAAUUAUGAAUUCCUCUCAUGCCAAUACUGCUUCGUGCUUUGUUAUUUUCAAAAGGCAGGCAUGCGGUUUUUUCUGUGGAUAUGAGGCUGCUCAGAAUAGACAGGCAUUAAUUUGAAAUGGGUUGGUUUGAAGAAAAUUACCUCACGAUUCACUCGGUUACUGUAAUUAGCUUUUAGCAUGGAACAAUUUGUUCAUUUAGAUGGAUAAUGUAUUGCUGUUCCAUAAAUAUGUAUAGAAGGUUAGGAUUUUAUGAAGCCUAUUUCAUGUCGUUUAAUAAGUGUUUAUUGUAUUUUUAUUGUUCUUAUGAUUACUGGUCAGAUCAAUGAAUAAACUAAACACAUUUAUUCCAUUUCGAAAUAUAG